AACCCUAAAUACAAAAACGCAAUCCAAUCCCAAAAACACAAAUCCUCCAUCCUCACCACCCUCUCACAGCGCCGAACCCUAGCCAUACCCAGAAAUGACAACCAGCCUUAAGAAAAACCGCAAGAAGCGCGGCCACGUCAGCGCCGGCCACGGCCGUAUCGGUAAACACCGAAAACAUCCUGGCGGACGAGGAAAUGCCGGAGGUAUGCACCACCACCGCAUCCUAUUUGACAAGUAUCAUCCCGGUUACUUCGGUAAGGUAGGUAUGCGAUACUUCCACAAACUCCGCAACAAAUUCCACUGUCCCACCGUGAACAUUGAUACUCUUUGGUCUCUUCUACCUCAAGAGGUGAAAGACAAAGCGGCGAAGUCGAAGGAUACUGCGCCGGUUAUCGAUGUUUCGCAGUUUGGGUACUUCAAGGUUCUUGGUAAAGGGGUUUUGCCGUUGAAUCAGCCUGUUGUUGUUAAGGCGAAGCUGAUUUCGAAGACUGCGGAGAAGAAGAUUAAAGAAGCAGGUGGUGCUGUUCUUCUUACUGCUUAAUUAGUUUUUUUUUGUUAUAGCUUCUGUUUUGAUUGUUCUGAAAUAUUUUAGAUUUUGAUCUAUUUGAAUUCUCGUAAUUGAUAGACACUAUUAAGUGAAAUGAAAUGGUUGAUUUUCUGAAUUU